AUGAAAAAUGGAAAAAUUGGUUCACUUAAGACGGUAGUAACGAAAAAUAUUUUGGUGUCCCUGGAUAUUGAGAACUUCGAGCAACAACUUAUGAAGCAAGAAUUUCAAACAAUAACUACCGUCCUUACUGGAGGGCACCAGCAACUUCUGCUUCCGAACAGACGAUUUUUUAACAAGAUGAUGACUUACAACCGAACUUCAGCUAGUGAGGGUUUUCAUAAAACAUUUGUUUCUCCAUGGAGGUUGAAUAUAGUCAUCGCAGACAUUAACGUUUAUGACCAGAUAGAUGAGUUUCCAUCUGCUGCCACACCAGCAGAAUCAGUAUACUGUCGCCAUCAUUGCCAGUCUGCUCUACCUCUCCAUUUUUUCAGCAUAGACAGAUAUUCCCAACAAUGCAAUCAGCGCCUAAUGAAGUCUAAAUCGUUUGGUGCCUGCAACUGCAACGCAACACGUGGGCACACUCGUAAACUCAAUAGAAAGAAAGCUCUGGCUUUAAGAGCCAACAAAAUCAAGAAAAGACCACGACGUCUGCCUAUGGCUAGAGGAACCGAACCAACGAAAACGUGGCGUGACUCAAAGAGGAACAACGCAGGUUUCAAGAGCAAAGACCUGGUCUGGUUGUGCAGUGCAACCUACGGUGCAGAAAAAGAAGAUGUCCGGCGAAACUCCCACGGAACUGGAAAGAUCGCUGCAAGGUCACUAACAUGGUAA